AUGAUGGUGACUAUGCAGACGUACGACAGAUUUGGAGCCGCUUUGACUCCAGUGCGGCGCUCUGUUCUCUACUUCUAUAGCCGCACCAUUUUGAUGAAGGGAAGGAAAGCGAAGAGAGUCCUCCUUCAAGAGCAACAGGAACGUGAAAAGCAACGACAGCAAGAAGACGCGGCUGCUAGUGCGGAGGCGCGCAGACAGCAGCAGCAACUGCGUACCCGGGCACUCACCUACAGAAAAAGACGUUUGACAGGUGCUGCAUUAGAGGCUCUCUGCAUUGCAAAAGAGGCAACACGUGUGACAGUGAACGAAGCAAAAAGUAUCCUUUCGGGGUUCCUGGCCCGUCGCACAAUCAAGUGCUGGAGGCUUACAGUAGUAAGGCGCCGGUGCAUGGACGUGGCGGUUUCACUCGCACGAGACGAUCUUGCGCGACAGUGGAUACGCAAAAGGUCACACGCACUGAAGGCUCUGGCCUUUUGUGAUUGGGCGUCGAACACAGUGGCUGAAAGGGAACGCAGUCAGGAGGUAAUGGCUUCAGAAUGAAUGUUAAAUUCAGCAGGGCAACUGUGCUGCUCUGGAAUUCUCAGAAUCAAUAGUAGCGGCCUGGUUUACUCGAGACGCAUCUAUGACCGAGUCAGUUUCGCUGUGAAAAAACAGUGACAACACACGGAGCUGAAGGCUUCGUUCUCGUAAAUAUUCCAUACUUGCUCGUCAGAGAAGUAAAUGAUACUCU